AUGGCCUCCAUGACUACCCCUCGGCUCCCCUUCCUCCCGGCCCGGACAUGCUCUGCCGCCGCCGCCUUCUCUUCGUUGUCCUCCUCCCCGUUACAAUGCUGCCCUGUUAAACGCACGAGCGUCACUAACGCCAACUCAGCCCCCCUCCUUUCUACCUCGCGGCCAGGGGCGCCCGCGGCGGACGGCGUAGGGGCCGCCGACCUCAACCGCCUCCGGGCCUCUGCUAUGCCUGUCGCGGACAGCCCUCUACCCGCCUACUGCAAUCCACAUGAGUUACCUCGGCCUCUCACUAGUGCGGCUCUAAUGGAGUCGAGCGGGGAGGGGCUCAAGGUUGCCUACCAGGGCUUCCCUGGAGCGUACAGCGAGUCCGCGGCAAAGAAGGCCUAUCCGCAUUGCCAGACGGUGCCAUGCGAGCACUUCGAUACUGCAUUUCAGGCUGUUGAAAACUGUACAGUUGAUAGGGCGGUAUUGUCACUUGAGAAUACUCUGGGCGGUAGUAUACAUCAGAACUAUGACCUCCUACUUCGUCAUGAGCUACACAUAGUUGGAGAUGUUCGCCUUGCAGUUCGGCAUUGCUUGUUAGCCAAUCGUGGAGUGAAGAUUGGAAACCUAAGAAGUGUCAUGAGCCAUCCCCAGGCUCUUGCGCAAUGUGAGCAUACACUGACAGAGUUAGGAAUUGAACAGAGACAAGCUGUUGAUGACACUGCUGGUGCAGCAAAGUUAGUUACAGAACAAAUGCUCCAAGAUACUGGUGCUGUUGCCAGUUCAUUAGCUGCAGAACUUUAUGGACUGGAUAUUCUUGCUGAAAAUAUUCAGGAUGAAAAAGAGAAUGUCACCCGUUUUAUGAUGCUUGCUCGGGAACCUAUUGUACCUCAGAUUGAUAAACCAUUCAAGACCAGCAUUGUGUUUUCACUUGAAGAUUGGAAACCUGCGCAGCUCCUCAAGGCACUUGCAAUUUUUGCAUUGAGGGACAUCAACCUCACCAAGAUAGAAAGCCGCCCACACAAGAAAAGGCCUUUUCGUGUAGCUGAUGAUACUUUCUCCACACCCGUCAAGUACUUCAACUACCACUUUUAUGUCGACCUUGAGGCAUCAAUGGCUGAUCCAAAAACUCUGAAAGCUCUUGGAAAUUUGGAGGAGUUUGCACCCUUUGUAAGAGUCCUGGGGAGCUAUCCUACAGACAUGAGUGAAGUUUGA